GCUCGGCCGAUGUAGUGGAUAUGGACAUUGACUCGCCCUACUCGCCCGACUCGCCCAACUCGCCCGACUCGCGCGAGGGCGACGACCUGUUCGAGCCGCCGCGGCCGGCGCGCGGCGCUCCGCCGCCGGCUGGUCGCUCGCGCCGGAUGGACCCCAAGGAUCGGUUCGAAGCUCUGUUUGGCACGAGCCACGCCAAGGGCGCGGGCAAGGCGCCGCCCGGCAAGACGGCGGGCAAGGCGGCCCCGUCCGGCCGCCGCCCUGCCGCGCGUGCACGGCCCGCCAAGCGACCUGCUGGUAAGGGUGGUUCGUCUACUGCGACCUCCGCCGCCGCCGAAGGGGAGGAGGGCCUCAAGGUCAUUGACGACGUACCAAACUCGGCCGUGGAGAUGCAGGUAAAGGAGAAGUUCCUGAAGAAGCUGAACCGACAGGAGCGGGUCAUCGAGGAGGUGAAGCUGGUGCUGAAGCCGUUCUACCACAAGCGCACCGUCACCAAGGAGCAGUACAAGGAGAUACUGCGCAAGUCCGUGCCGAAGAUCUGUCACAGCAAGUCGGGUGAGAUUAACCCGAAGAAGAUUCACUCGCUCAUCAUCAGCUAUGUGAAGAAGUGCAAAUAUGUCAACAAAAAGAACAACGUUGUGGUGCCCAACGCUAAUUCGUCUACGCCUGCGAAGACGAAAGUGUGACACACGUGACGCGCGGGACGUUGACGAAAUGAGUGCUUUUCAUUAGUGCUAUUUAUAUUGUGCAUUUGUUACUAGAUUUAUUGGUGCGUGUUUUGGACGUCGCAAGUCUCUGUGGCCGCCGCUGGGCGUAAACGUUUCGGCCAGGGCCAUGGUUUGAGAAUAGUGAUGAUUUUGACGGGCUGUGCGGCGCGCGCAUCAGUAACGGACCCGCGAACCGUGCCGCGUCGGACCGUGCAAGCCUCACCGGUCGUAUGUGCCCCUCCCCCCCCCCCCCCCGCCUCGCGACUCGGGCUAGCGCGCUCUCGGAUGAUGUGGACGGAGGGCAGCUCAGAAAGGCCAGGAAAUACAGUGUUGUACAAAUGAUGUGUUGAUGGGAGCGGGAGGUCGCCGUGGAUUGAUCUGUGUUGUGCCAUGGAGUGGCCUGGCGCUGGCAUGCAGCCAUGUUGGCUGAG